AGUAUCAGUCGCAUCGUGUACCGGUUUCCUCGGGCCGGGAAGUAUCGACGUGUUUUGUUCAGGACAAAGAAGAAGUUGAUUUAAUUGACUGUCAGUGAUUUUGGCGCGCCUUCUGUCAGAGAGAGAGAGAGAGAGAGAGAGAGAGAGCCGGAUGCCCACGGAUCCCACAGUGCGUGGUACCGCAGCAAAGAGAGUCAAGGAAGCAUCUGAUGGUGAAGGGACACACGUUUUGAAAGAGUAAACUCUUAGUGCGGUAUAAAAGCGUUUCGUGGCCCGCGCCGUGCCGGUUGACACGGGCCGCAAGUGCCUCAUGGUCUCCGGUUUCCCCGACAGAGGAUUUAUUCGCGCUUCACCCACACGUCACACAGUAUAUAGAGUGAUGCUGGACAUACGAAUGCUGAAAAGUAUGCAGUUACGUGCUUGUUACGUGUCGUGGUUUUGAGUAGCCCUGAGGAAAAGUAAAUAGUCGAGCCCGCGGAGAAAAGAGAAGGAAGGGAGCGCCGCUCGUGAGCUGAAAAAUUAUUACGUAAAACUAGAUAGACAUCCAAGUCGCGAGCGCAGGACUGCAUAAAUUGUUCGCUCUUAUGUAAUAAUUCAACGAGGAUCCCCGAGUACUGUAAACACAAGAAAAGCAACCAUGGCGCAAUUGGAACAGCAGCUACCCAUCCCAAUGCCGGAUUUAAGCACUUUACGUAUCACUACAGCAGUUUCCAUGCUUGGUAAAGCUUAUGGCUGUGGACAAUGCAGUGCUCCUCCACCAGGACCCACGACGAGUACUGCCGUGGGAGCUGCUGGCACAACAGGGAGCAGCGUUGUAGCCCCCAGCUCUUUGGGUCUCGUACCCACACAACAAACACACACGCCUCCUCAGCCCCCGGACCUGCCAAUGUUCGCCUGUCCUCGGAGGCCGAACAUAGGCCGCGAGGGUCGGCCGAUUGGCUUGAGAGCCAAUCAUUUCCAAAUUACAAUGCCUCGCGGUUACGUGCACCAUUAUGAUAUCAAUAUACAGCCUGACAAGUGUCCACGAAAAGUGAACAGAGAAAUUAUAGAAACAAUGGUGCACGCCUACAGCAAGAUAUUUGGAACUCUCAAGCCUGUAUUUGACGGUAGAAAUAAUCUAUACACCAGGGACCCUUUGCCAAUCGGCAAUGACAGAAUAGAAUUAGAGGUCACAUUACCUGGGGAGGGAAAGGACCGAGUUUUCCGAGUGGUGAUCAAAUGGGUAGCCCAGGUAUCGUUGUUUGCUUUGGAAGAAGCUCUUGAAGGACGCACCAGACAAAUUCCUUACGACGCCAUACUCGCGUUAGACGUUGUAAUGAGGCAUUUACCUUCUAUGACUUAUACUCCGGUUGGUAGGUCCUUCUUCAGCAGCCCGGAUGGAUAUUAUCACCCGCUGGGUGGUGGAAGGGAAGUCUGGUUUGGUUUCCAUCAGUCCGUGAGACCGUCACAGUGGAAAAUGAUGCUCAAUAUUGACGUCUCCGCAACUGCGUUCUACAAGGCCCAACCAGUUAUAGAGUUCAUGUGCGAGGUACUCGACAUUCGAGAUAUUAACGAACAAAGAAAACCGCUGACGGACUCACAGAGGGUCAAGUUUACCAAAGAGAUCAAGGGACUCAAGAUUGAAAUUACCCAUUGCGGUACCAUGAGACGAAAGUACAGAGUUUGCAACGUUACCCGCAAACCUGCCCAGAUGCAAUCAUUCCCCUUGCAAUUGGAAAAUGGACAAACGGUCGAAUGCACAGUCGCCAAAUAUUUCUUAGAUAAAUAUAAAAUGAAACUGCGUUAUCCACAUCUUCCGUGCCUUCAAGUCGGACAGGAGCACAAGCACACGUAUCUACCGCUCGAGGUUUGCAACAUCGUAGCCGGGCAACGUUGCAUAAAAAAGCUAACGGACAUGCAGACCUCAACGAUGAUCAAAGCGACAGCGCGUUCCGCUCCGGAUCGGGAGCGCGAGAUCAACAAUCUCGUGAGGCGAGCCGAUUUCAAUAACGAUUCCUAUGUUCAGGAAUUCGGUCUUACCAUUUCGAACAACAUGAUGGAGGUCCGGGGUCGCGUCUUACCUCCGCCAAAACUGCAAUAUGGCGGGCGCGUAAGUUCCCUCAGUGGACAGACAAAGCAACAGGCACUGCCGAACCAGGGCGUCUGGGAUAUGCGUGGCAAGCAAUUCUUCACCGGAGUCGAGAUAAGAGUAUGGGCUAUUGCCUGUUUCGCACCCCAGAGGACGGUCCGCGAGGAUUCCCUUAGGAUGUUUACGACGCAGCUACAAAAGAUCAGUAAUGACGCUGGUAUGCCAAUUAUAGGGCAGCCAUGCUUCUGUAAAUACGCAACCGGGCCCGAUCAGGUCGAGCCCAUGUUCCGGUACCUUAAAUCGACAUUCCAGGCCCUGCAGCUAGUGUGCGUCGUCCUGCCUGGAAAGACUCCGGUCUACGCCGAGGUCAAGAGAGUAGGCGAUACUCUGUUGGGCAUGGCGACACAAUGCGUUCAAGCGAAGAACGUGAACAAAACGUCGCCGCAGACUCUGUCGAAUUUGUGCCUGAAGAUAAACGUGAAGUUGGGCGGUAUAAACAGUAUCCUGGUGCCUAGUAUAAGGCCGAAAGUCUUUAACGAGCCCGUUAUAUUCCUGGGUGCCGAUGUGACGCAUCCUCCAGCCGGAGAUAACAAGAAGCCAAGCAUAGCUGCUGUGGUAGGCAGUAUGGACGCUCAUCCCUCGCGAUAUGCAGCUACGGUCAGGGUGCAGCAGCAUAGACAAGAAAUCAUACAGGAGCUAAGCUCCAUGGUGAGAGAGCUGCUAAUUAUGUUCUAUAAGAGUACAGGUGGUUACAAACCGCACAGAAUAAUUCUAUAUCGCGACGGCGUCUCCGAGGGACAAUUUCUCCAUGUACUUCAGCACGAGCUGACGGCCAUUCGCGAAGCUUGCAUCAAGCUCGAGGCAGAUUACCGACCUGGCAUAACGUUCAUAGUAGUUCAAAAGAGACAUCACACUAGAUUGUUCUGCGCGGACAAAAAGGAACAGAGCGGCAAGAGUGGAAACAUUCCCGCCGGUACCACUGUUGACGUUUGCAUCACGCAUCCCACUGAAUUUGACUUUUAUCUGUGCAGUCAUCAAGGAAUUCAGGGAACCUCGAGACCCUCGCACUAUCAUGUUCUCUGGGAUGACAAUCACUUUGAAAGCGAUGAGCUGCAGUGUCUCACUUAUCAGUUGUGUCACACGUACGUCAGGUGUACGAGGUCUGUCAGUAUACCAGCACCUGCGUACUACGCGCACUUGGUAGCAUUCCGUGCCAGGUAUCAUCUGGUGGAGAAGGAGCACGACAGUGGCGAGGGUUCUCACCAAUCGGGCUGUAGCGAAGACAGAACACCCGGUGCAAUGGCGCGAGCCAUCACAGUGCAUGCAGACACAAAGAGAGUUAUGUAUUUUGCGUAAGGAGCCAUCAUUAACUUCUUGCGUCUUUCAUAACACCGAGGCAAAAUCCCGCGGCAUCUUACACGUUCAUCUUCAUGCGAUUGUCAUAUCUUGGAGUUAAUACGAGAGCUAAGGAGGGCAGAUACGGAAGAGGAUGAAGAAUAAUAACGCAGAAGAGAAAUGAAUUCAUAGGCUACUUAAAAGUGACAUGUCGGACAAUCUUCUUGGGUGGCCAAUUUUUUCUUUAUUCUCUCUGCUAGUUACUCGCACACAUCGCUUUAUGUUAACUUCCACGACGAGGAUCGCUCGCGUUUCCAAUAACGACGACGCGUCGACGAUCCGUGUGAUUAGGAUCUCCUUGGAGCGUUUGCCCUGCAUGCUACUUUUUUUUUUCUUUUUUUUUUCCCCCAGAGCCAUAGCCAAACCAAGUAGAGCCGUAGGUCGAGGGAAUAAGUAUGUUUUAACGAAAGGUGCUUUCAGUUAAUCAUGAAUUUUAGACUAGUAUAAGGGCGUUUAGCAGCUGCAUAAGGUAUCGAGUUGAUGGUACAAUUUUAUGUGAAUUAUUUGGCUGCAGACGCGAAUUACGCUUACUUUACUUUUUUUGUCUUUUUUUUUGGAUCUUCGGGGGUUUAUACACCUCCAAGACAAUUGUAUGAUAUAAAAAGGCAUCGUAGCCGGUCAGACAAUAGAAAUUUGGUCUCGCGCGUAAAUUUUUGACGCUCGUGACUCCUCUUUGUCCGCCUCAUUAUGCAUAGGUUUAUCGUCUAUUGCAUCGCACGAAUCGCACGGUCAUAUACACUGCGUGAUGUCUUGCCAGAGGUAUACUCGUAUACAUAUUAGAAAGAAUUACACAUCCAAUCAUGCAUACAUACCAAAACACUAAGGUCUGUUUUUAGUGAAUAAAAUUAAAAAAAAAAAAAGCAAAAACGUGUUUAAAGAAACGCGCGACGAAAA